AUGCCAGAAGGAAAUCACAGCAUUGUGACAGAAUUCUUCCUCACUGGAUUCCCAGGACUUCAUCCAGAGUACUACAGUCUCACCUCAGCUGUAUUGUUCUUGUGGUAUUUGUUUAUUUUGAUAGGAAAUGCUGCAGUUCUUCUUUUAUUUGCAACCAACCGCUGCCUUCACAAGCCGAUGUAUUAUAUAAUUCUAAACCUGUGUGCGUGUGAUAUUCUCUUUAGCACGACCACUUUACCGAAGAUCAUCAGUAAGUAUUGGUUUCAAUCAGGGACCAUUUCAUUUAAUGCUUGUUUUGUUCAAAUGUACUUUGUUCACUAUCUGGGCACAGUGAAUUCUCUUGUCCUCUUCCUGAUGGCUUUUGAUCGGUAUUUGGCCAUCUGCCAUCCUCUCAGAUAUACAAAUGUUCUGACAACAUCCACUAUCUACAUUCUCAGCUUUACUGUGUGGAUUGUUUCCAUAGCAGCAGCUUUAAUGUUAGUUAUUAGAGCGUACCCUCUUCCUUACUGUGCCUCAAACAUAAUCAAUCAUUGUUACUGUGAUCAUAUUGGUAUAACACUGCUGGCCUGCACUGACAGGGCCCCUUAUGGUUUUCCUGCUUUUGUGCUAGCAAUGUUUGCCCUAGUGGGACCUCUAGCAUUUAUUGUUUUCUCAUAUUGCUCGAUAAUUAUAGCAGUACGAAAGAUAGCAGAUCUGCAAGGUCGCCUAAAAUCUCUGUCCACGUGUAGCCCUCAACUGAUCAUAAUCUCCCUCUAUUAUUUACCAAGAUGUUUUGUCUAUUUAGCCAGCAAUGUCGGCAUCACCUUCAGUCCGGAUGUGCGAAUAGUAACAAUUAUGCUAUACAGCCUUUCACCUCCCAUGAUUAAUCCACUUAUCUACUGCCUCAGAGCUAAAGACAUGAGAGAAUGCUUGCAAAAGCAGUUCCACAGAAGAACCACUCCACAUAAAGUUUAA